AGUCAACUUAAGUUUUUAACUAAUAUUGCUGUUGAGAAUCAGACUAAAAUAUUAACAAUGGGUCUUACUCAUAUGUAUAGAGGUCUGCUAUUUUCUUCUUCUGUUAAAAACAUGUGCACCUAUUCAGUGAUGAAACAAUUGAGAAUUCUAGCUAAUUCAUCAGGAAGUAAUAAAUUUCUGUUGAAGUUUAAGAGUUGUGAUUUCAGUUUUCAAAGAAGUAUUCAUUUGAACCACCAAAACGAAAAGCUUGCUGUUAAUACGGAAAAAAAGUCUGAACCCAAAAGUGGACUAAAUAAAAAUCCAGAAACAAUUAUAAGUAAUAUCAAUUCAAAGAAAGAGCUAAAUCUGAUCAAGAGGGAUAAUUCCAAACAGAAGGGUAUAUACAGUGAAAUUGUUGGCUCAUUUCCAGAAGGUAUUCAAAUGGCAUUUGCCUAUGGGUCAGGUGCAUUUCAGCAAGAGAAUUCACCAGAUGUGAAUAAAAAUGUUCUGGAUUUUAUAUUGGUGGUGGACAUGCCCAGAAGAUGGCACCGUUUAAACUUAGACAAGCAUCCACAUCACUACUCGUUUCUUAAACGUUUUGGACCUCACACCAUUGCUAGAGUACAGGAAAGGUAUGGAGCUGGUGUAUAUUUCAACACUCUGGUCCCCAUGCAGGGGCGUGUCAUCAAAUAUGGGGUCAUUAGCACAGCACGGCUCAUCACUGACCUCUUGGACUGGGAGUCUUUGUACAUCAGUGGCCGUCUUCACAAACCUGUUAGCCUGAUUGUCGAGCCACUAAAUGAGCAGCUUUUAACAGCUCUAAAGGUGAACUUGAGAAGUGCUUUCCAUGCUGCCCUGCUACUUUUGCCAGAUAUGUUUACAGAGGUACAGCUCUACUCCACCAUAGCGGGUCUGUCCUAUGCUGGGGACUUUAGGAUGAGCAUUGCUGAGGACCGUAAUAAAGUUUCCAACAUUGUCAAGCCAAAUCUCCAGCUGUUUCGCAGGAUGUAUGGCCCCAUCAUCAUGGAAGAAGAACACCUGACCUGGUGGCAGCCAGAGGGUCAGCUUGAACAAGCCUUGACCUUUCACUCCAGACACCACCACCUCAAAUGUUUACCUGGUCAAGUGCUAUAUGGUUUGCUCAUGCAAAAAUAUCAGGUAGGAGUAUUCCCUGACCUCGAAGAGAUCAUUAAACUUCACGCUUACGACUCCGAGUGUGGCAAGCAUGUGGCAAACAGCAUUCAACGAAUAGUCAAGAAAUCCAGUUUGACCCAGAGCCUCAAGGGGAUAUUUACUGCAGGGCUUUUCAAGUCUAUCAGGUACUCCAUCAACAAGGUGCUCAAGAAAGUCAAAAGUAUUUGAACCUUGGCUUGGGUAGGUUUAUAAAAUAAUGGCCAUUGUGUCCAGAUUGGUUUGUUUUUCUGAAUCAGUUACAAUGGUAAUAUUCAUUUUAAUUUAUUGAUUAUAUAAAUUAAAUU